CCCCCGCACACGGCACCCGGGGAGCGGAGCCAUGGCGGAUCACAGCGACGGCCCGGCUGUCGGGAACCCUCGAGAAGAUCCAACUGCGUCAGAAGACGAGGAGGAGGAGGAGGAGGAGGGGGAGGGGUUCACCUUCGCGGCGGCCGCGCGUGUGGGCGACGGGUGCGCGAUCGGGCCCGUGUACCUGGUCUUCGGCCGCCCGCGUUCGCCGGCGGAGCAGGAGGUGGAGGAGGAGGAUGCCGGCACGGCCACCGUGCGGGUGCCGCUGAGGCAGCUUCUCCUGGAGGAGCGGGGGUCUUCCUCCUCGUCGCCAGGGAAACGAGCGGACGAAGAAGAAGAAGACGACGACGAGCUGGACGGGGUGCCGGCGGAGACGUACUGCCUGUGGUCGCCCGGGACCUCGCCGUCUCCGUCCCCGUCGCCGUCGCGGUGCCAGAAGAGCGGGUCGACCGGGUCGGUCCUGCGGUGGCGCCAGCGGCUGCAGGUGGGCCGGAGCCACAGCGACGGCAAGGAGAAGUUCGUGUUCCUGCAGGCCCAACAGGACGCCGCCGGCUCCCCCGGCCGCAGGGGAGGGACGGGGACCGGCGAGUCGCGCGGCCGGGGAGGAGUCCACGGCUGGAGCCACCGCGGCAGAGGCGGCAGCGGCAGGGGGAGCCCCGGGCGCAGGGCGUCGACGUUCCUCCCGUACAAGCAGGAUCUCCUCGGGCUCUUCGCCAACGCCGGCGCCUUCCGCCGGAGCUACCACCCCUUCUAACCAACCAACCAACGUCAGCCGUCAGCGUCGAUCCAUCUUCACGCCGAUCGGGUGGUUGCCCUGCAUUUUUUUUCUUCUUUCUUUCUUUCAGAUUGUGAUCCCUUAUCAGUACACGGCGUGUAGAAUUUCUUGGGUUCUUUUCGUACAUAUACAGUGACAGUAGCUGGUAGAUCAGAUCAAAUCCAACAUUCUAGUUUGUACAGCAAUUUCUUCAGUUGCAAAUUGAGUUGCGGUGACAAGAAA